AUGGCCCCUUCUGCGUUGGCCGAUUCGAUCGACCUCACCCUGGACGACUCGCCUGCCGAGGAGCGCGCUGCACGCCGCCGCUCCCCCGCCGACGCCGCGCGCUCGCCACGCCGCCGGCCGCGAGCGCGCGGCGGCGGCGGCGGGGGCGGCGCGCCAUCUGCGGUUUUCGAUCUGACGGUGGACUCGCCGGAGCGCGACGAGUCGACCCCCCCGGCUGGCCCGGCGCCCUCCACAUCGACGAGCAGCGCCAGCGCCGACGGCGGGCCGAGCGGUGCCAGCAACAACCGCGGCGGCGGGAGCGGCGGGAGCGGCGGGAGCGGGGGGAGGAGCGGCGGCGAGAGCGGCGGCGCCGGCGGGAGCGGCGGUGCUUCUGGCAGCAGCAGCAGUGGCGGGAGCGGCGGGAGCGGCGGCGGCGGUGGCGGCGAGAGCAGCAGCGGCGGCGGCGGUGGUGGCGGGAGCAGCAGUGGCGGCGGCAGCGUCGGCGGCAGCAGCAGCAGCGGCGGCGGCGGCGGUGGUGGCGGUGGCGGGAGCAGCAGCGGGAGCAGCGGCGGGACGUCCUCGGGCGCUGCGACGGCAGCGCCGACGGUGAUCGACCUGAUGGUGGAGGAAGUCGGCGACGCGCCUCCCGGCCCUUCGGUGAUCGACCUCGACGCAGACGACGCGUCGAUCGCGCGCUCGCUCGCCGCGCAGCUGCAGCAGCCGGCCGACGUCGACCUGCAGGCGCUGCAGGCAGCGCGCGAGCGACGGCGGCGCGCGCGGCGCGACCGGGCGAGGAGCGCGGCGGAGGCGAUCCGGUCCUCCAUCGAGCGGCUGGUGCAGCAGAACGCGCCGCGGCAUGCGCCCGCGCCCGUGCACCUCGGCGUCUGGCUCAACCCAAAGUCGCUGCCCAACGAGCCCCUCUACGAGCGGCAGCGGGUACCAAACAAGACCAUCCGGCUCGUGUUUCACGGGACGCCCGAGGCGAACGUCGGCGCCAUCUGCCGCGACGGCCUCGACCCAGGCCGCCGCGCCGGGCAGGCGCACGGCGCGGGCGAGUACUUUGGAGGCAAUAUGGACGUGUCGAUGGGCUACUGCCGCGGAGGCAAGUACAUGCUGGUCUUCGCGGUGCUGCUCGACAAGUCGGGCCUGACCAAGGUGGUCCCCUCGCAGCACGGCGUGCCGGGCGAGAUCGUCGUCGUCAACAAGCCGGAGCACCAGCUGCCUCUCGCGGUCGUCUCGAUUGGCUGCCCCACGUGGUCGCCGCCGCCGGGCUGGCUCUCUUCCUCGCAACGCCUCUACACCUCCGCCGACGCGCGCGCGCACAACCCGCACCACUCCGCCGCCAGUUUGUACGCCAACCUGCCCGCGAGUGUCUCCGCCGCCAUCUACAACCGGCUCGUCGCCUCGGGGCUGCCGCUGCCUCCCGGCCUCCGGCCCCCGCCGGGCGCCGCCGCCGCCGCCGCCGCCGCCGCCGCCGCCCGCCCCGCGCGCCCACCGCCUGCGCCGGUCUACCCGCCGCCCCGACCGCGCAGCCGCAAGCGCCGCCGCUGA